GUACUGUGUGCAAAAAACUUGGUGAAAAAGGACUUUUUCCGACUUCCUGAUCCCUUUGCUAAGGUUGUGGUGGAUGGAUCUGGCCAAUGCCAUUCUACAGAUACUGUGAAGAACACACUUGACCCAAAAUGGAAUCAGCAUUAUGACCUAUAUAUUGGGAAGUCAGAUUCAAUAACAAUCAGUGUGUGGAAUCACAAGAAGAUCCAUAAAAAGCAGGGAGCUGGUUUUCUGGGCUGUGUGAGACUUCUUUCCAACGCAAUCAACCGCCUUAAAGACACUGGUUAUCAGAGGUUGGAUCUGUGCAAGCUUGGGCCAAAUGACAACGAUACUGUUAGAGGACAGAUAGUAGUGAGUCUCCAGUCCCGAGACCGAAUAGGCACAGGAGGACAAGUCGUGGACUGCAGUCGGUUGUUCGACAACGACUUACCAGAUGGGUGGGAGGAGCGCAGGACUGCGUCCGGGAGGAUCCAGUACCUGAACCACAUCACAAGGACCACCCAGUGGGAGCGACCGACGCGACCAGCAUCCGAGUACUCCAGCCCGGGGAGGCCCCUGAGCUGCUUUGUGGACGAGAACACUCCGAUCCCAGGCACGAACGGCGCGACGUGCGGGCAGGCGUCGGACCCGCGGCUGGCUGAGAGGAGGGUCCGGUCCCAGAGGCACAGGAACUACAUGAGCAGGACACACCUGCACACUCCUCCUGAUCUGCCUGAAGGAUAUGAGCAAAGGACAACUCAGCAAGGUCAGGUCUAUUUUCUGCAUACUCAGACUGGUGUCAGCACGUGGCACGAUCCAAGAGUACCGAGGGAUCUUAGCAACAUCAAUUGUGAAGAGCUUGGUCCUCUGCCUCCUGGAUGGGAGAUCCGGAACACAGCGACGGGCAGAGUUUAUUUUGUUGACCAUAACAACAGGACGACGCAGUUCACCGACCCACGGCUCUCGGCGAACCUGCACCUGGUGCUGAACCGCCAGAACCAGCUGAAGGACCAGCAGCACCCGCAGCCGCCGCAGGUCGUGUCCCUGUGCCAGCUCCCCGACGAGGCCGAGUGUCUCACCGUGCCCAGGUACAAGCGAGACCUGGUGCAGAAGCUGAAGAUCCUGAGGCAGGAGCUGUCCCAGCAGCAGCCUCAGGCUGGGCACUGUCGGAUCGAGGUGUCCAGGGAGGAGAUUUUCGAGGAAUCCUACAGGCAAGUCAUGAAGAUGAGGCCAAAGGACCUGUGGAAGCGAUUGAUGAUCAAAUUUCGUGGGGAGGAAGGUCUUGACUAUGGAGGUGUUGCCAGGGAGUGGCUCUACCUGUUGUCCCACGAGAUGCUGAAUCCAUACUAUGGGCUCUUCCAGUACUCCAGGGAUGACAUCUACACCCUGCAGAUCAACCCUGACUCCGCAGUCAACCCGGAACACCUGUCCUAUUUCCACUUUGUGGGCCGGAUCAUGGGCAUGGCUGUGUUCCACGGGCACUACAUCGACGGUGGCUUCACACUGCCUUUCUACAAACAGCUGCUUGGGAAGCCAAUUACUCUGGAUGACAUGGAGUUGGUUGACCCUGAUCUUCAUAACAGCUUAGUCUGGAUACUUGAGAAUGAUAUCACAGGAGUGUUGGACCAUACGUUCUGUGUGGAGCACAAUGCCUAUGGGGAGAUUAUUCAGCACGAGCUGAAACCCAAUGGGAAGAGCAUCCCUGUGACAGAGGAGAACAAAAAGGAAUAUGUCAGGCUCUAUGUGAACUGGAGGUUUUUACGAGGGAUCGAAGCUCAGUUCCUGGCACUGCAGAAGGGAUUUAAUGAAGUAAUCCCACAACAUCUGCUGAAGACAUUUGAUGAGAAGGAGUUAGAGCUCAUCAUUUGUGGACUGGGAAAAAUUGAUGUUAAUGACUGGAAGGCAAAUACUAGGUUAAAACACUGUACCCCAGACAGCAACAUCGUGAAAUGGUUCUGGAAAGCUGUGGAGUUUUUUGACGAGGAGAGGAGAGCACGACUGCUGCAGUUUGUGACUGGCUCUUCCAGAGUGCCUCUGCAGGGCUUCAAGGCAUUGCAAGGUGCUGCAGGCCCACGACUAUUCACCAUACACCAGAUCGAUGCCAGCACUAACAACUUGCCCAAAGCUCAUACCUGCUUCAACCGGAUCGACAUUCCCCCGUACGAGAGCUACGAGAAGCUCUACGAGAAGCUGCUAACAGCCAUCGAAGAGACUUGUGGCUUUGCUGUGGAGUGA